CAAAUCUCAAGCUUUUUUUGGUUUGGUUCCUUGUACGAGGCCGAGGGCCUUCUGGGAAGGCCAUCCACAGUGCGAGAACCGGACUCCGGAUGAUCCUGUUCAUCUCGCUCUUCCUGCCGGCUGCCUCGGCGAGUGCGGCGCUCAGCGGACGUCAGAGCGACACCAUCGCCGAUGUUAUGGACAAAUUCGGCCCUUUGUCAGUCGAGAACAACAAAGGCGAGAAGCUCUCCGAAGCUGCGUCUGAUGCUGCAGCGGCGGGCCCUUUUGACCUUCCGGCAUUUGUGGCGCCAAAGGACAGCUCUCAUCGGUUCAGCUAUGGGCUUGAAAGCGACCAAGGGCUGCAGCGAGAGGUGUUCACUCUGAAGGUGCUGCCUGACGCGGGCAAAGCAGAUGAGCUCCGCGGCCGCAUCGAGCACGAAGGCGUCCCGUUCGACCUGCUGUCGUACCAUAUUACGGCCUCUGACAAGGCGCUCCACGGCGACAGGAAGGCAGUGGACAUCUACGUGGUGCACAAGGCAGCCGACACAUCGACCGACCGGUACCUCGUCGAGAGUCUCUCGCUGGAUGAGGGGUUUCGCACCUCGUCUGUGUCGGAGGUGCUCAAGGGCACGCUGUCGUCGCUCCCCGCUCAUGCUGCGCAUGGCCGUGGGCUGGACUCUCUGAGUGAUGUGGACGUGGAAAGGCUGCUCGAGCCGCUGAGAGACUUGAGAAUCUGGCGGGAUGGGGACAUGGCGGUGGACCGAGAGGAUGGGGCGCCCACACUGGCUGCUGCUGACUUCCCCACCCCGUGUGCACACCUUGUCAAGUGGUACGGCGGCACGGAUCCAUACAGACAGACAGCAAGAUUGCCUCCACCUGUCUGUCUGUGUUUGUCUGCGCAGGAUCGACAAGACGGACUCUCAGCAGUCGUCGCCCUCACCCUCCCCUACCCCGCCCGCCAUUGUGUCAGCUCACUCCCCCGCCGUCGUCUCAGCUGCCGGCCACUCACUGCCCUCGUUCGCGCAGGUGGCGUCAUCUCGGCGGGCCAACCACACCCUCGCCCCAUCCCUCGCAGAAAUGCCCUCCUGGCUGCCGUCAUUCAGCAAAGACACAUCCGUCACUGAGUGUCGCGGCACGAGCAUACGCGGGGCGCACCCCCUGCCGCCCUCCUCCCACACGGCUUCUGCGUCGCUUCGAACGCCGUCUGUGCGCAGGAGCAGCGGUGUGAAGGGCACUGGCACUGUUCGGCGUGGGCGGGGACACGGCGGCACCAAGAAGGUGGUGCGCGCUGCGGUGGCGCAUGCGAUUAACGAGACGGCCACUGUCUGCGAAUGGAGCCUUGUCCAAGCUUUUUCUGUUUGAUGUGAGUAGGCAGACGAAAUGGGUGACGGGAUCGGAUGGGUGCUCCUGAUGGCUCCCGGCCGAGGUGCGGUGUGUCGGCUGGAUAUUGCCAGACUGUUUUUGCAGCAUUGUGGAUACAUACAUGCUAGUUUUCCCACCCUGAGCUGAGCUUUUGUUGUGCGUUUUUUGCUGUGUGUGAUGGGAUACGAUCAGACCAGAUCAGGUCAGGUGCCUUUUUCCUCUCCUCAUUCUUAGUUGGCAUUGGUGGUCCGUGUUGGUAAAUGGGUGGGUGUGGGUGUCGGCGUGAGAGAGAGAAGCGGCUAGUAGAGACGUAUUUGUGGGCGUGGCGUAUGGGUGGGUGGCUCAAGGGAUGCGACAAUGACGAGAACGGACUGAUCAAAUCUGCUUGUUGGUGGUGUG